GGCUGGAGCCGGAGUCUCAGCAUCAGAGAGCGAUCAAGCCUCAAGAUCUCCUGCUUGUAACUUUUGAACCUGACAGCACACGCAUUUUAGAACGCCUUUUCGGAGUUUUUAAAAGUGAGGUAAAUCGCAUUUAAAACGCGUCUAAAAAUGAUGGCAUGCACGGAGAUGAUUACUAUGUGUCUCCAGUCUGCAAAACAGCAGCACCUGUAUUCCAAACAACAACAGCAGCUACUGCAGAAGAACCCCGACGAAGGACUUUCAAUUUUUCAGGACAUUUUUCGCCGUGCUGACAAAAACGAUGAUGGAAAGCUCUCCUUUGACGAGUUCAAGAUGUAUUUCGCUGAUGGGAUUCUCAGCACAGAGGAACUGCAGGGGCUUUUCUCCUCCAUUGACAGGCAUCAGACCAACAACCUCGACACAGACAAACUGUCAGAUUACUUCUCUCAGCACCUGGGCGAGUACCUCAGCGUCCUCUCAGCUUUAGAGAAGCUGAACAUCGCCAUCUUGAAGGCCAUGGACAAAACUAAAGAGGAGUACCAGAGCUCUUCUGUGCUGGGUCAGUUUGUGACCCGCUUCAUUCUGCGGGAGACCUCCAGCCAGCUGCACUCCCUGCAAGUGUCACUAGAGUGCGCUGUAGAGGCCGUGGAGGAGCAAAGCUGCCCAGGAAGUUUAGGUGCAGGGGAAUACAGCCAGGCCCCCCUUUUGUUCCGUAGGAAGGAGAUGAAGAAAGCCGAGGAGCUGUCAGAGCUGAGGAGCACCAGGAGGUGUGGCCGUCGGACCCAGAAGAACCUGUGCCUGUCACCCACCGACCCCUACUCAGGCAUGCUCACCACAGGAGUCACUGUGGAGCCUGACAGCAACUGGAACUCCCAGAUCAACAGACUCCAGCAGCUGAUUGACAAGCUGGAGUGCCAGAGUCCGAAGUUGGAACCCCUCAACGAGGACACCCUGGCCAGCACGUACAAAUCUAACAUCCUGCUGGUCCAGAGACAGCUGUCGGUGCGGGAGAAGGACGUCGAGGAGUUCCAGCGAGCACUGAAGAGAUACAUCAACUCCACCACAAACCAGAGCGACAAUUUACACGUGUCCAUCCAGAAGCUUCCGGAGAGAUGCUGCUUCAUAAUGCAUGAGUUCUGGCAGGACCGGCUCUCCUGGAUGAGCUACCUGCAGUCCAACGCCAGCAAGACUUUCCAGCGCUGCAUUAUCGACAUGCUGGAGGACCCGGAAGCGGUCUCCACCAUGCUUCUUCCAGCCUCCUGGUGGAUCAUGAAUGGCAACUGACAGCUAUAAGCAGCCACUCUCACUGAAAGCCAGGGAGGACAGCACAGAGAUCCCAGUCUGCGUUCCGUCUGUGCCAGGCUAUAAUGACAUCGUUAAGUAUGUGUGACAACGUUCCGGGCUGCCUCGAAGACAACGCGCUGAAUUCAUGUGUUUGUUUUCGUUUGAAAAUAGAAGAGCAUGAAUCACUUCUGCAGAUGGAUGCAUACGCAUUCCCAAACCUAAAACUGCUUGAAUCGAAUCAGAUAAAAAGAAAAUCCCUCUCCAGACAAGAGCUGAUGUUAUUAGUGAAAUGGUUGUGUUGCAGUAGGACUUAUGGAUUUCUCUGAAUUCAGUGAAAGAUGACAUGCCACUGUAGCUCAGUACCUUAAAUUCCGCGGUCUGUCAAAGAGUGCACAUCUGGUACGCUCUGGCUUAUAAUAUAUGUUUUUUAAUAAUAUAGCAUAGCAUGAUUACAGUGUAUGUCAUUGUUGCCACGUUCAUUGCUACUGAAGGAGAGUGCACCAAUAAGGAACAGUUGUUUGGAGCGUUUGGAGUCCUGGACUCUCGGCCUUAGAGUCAUGUGUUUGAAUUAAACUGUGGCAGUUAAGAUGCAUAUAUGUACAUUGUUAGAGAAUAUGCAAGCUGUAAAAAGUAUGCAUUUGAAGUAAUCCUGUAUAAUAUCCUUCAAACUGAUAUCAACAAAGUAACAGCAGAGAUAGCUUAGUAGCUACAAAAUGUGAUCACGCUGGCACAGUAUCAAAAUAAAGUUAUGACCUUUUCUGUCAGGAAUGCCUUGCCUCAUGAACUGUAUUGAUUUUGUGUUUACAGAGGUUUUGAUAUUACAAUUGAUAAGAAAAUAUUGUGUGUUAACCUUAGAUAUAACCUGUCUUUACUGGUCCAGAAUCCCUAAUGUUUUGGAUUCAACAAGGAGAGUCCAUAUCUUUGGUAUGUAUAUUUUGAAACAAUUUAUGAAGAGCAUUAUUGGGGAAUAUUUUACGUGUUGAGGAAGCUUGUGUAUUACAAAACGUAUAGUGUAAUUUUACAGCGGGUAACAUGCACGUGUUUGAGCUGCGUAAUCAGUGUGGUUACUUAAGUGAAGUUAAAAUGCGUCAUACCGUAGCGUAGUCCUAUUGUCCUAGUAAAAAAUGUUUCCCAAGCAGGUCUCACUGAUUUUUAGAUUUUUGUUGAUUAAACUUUCAUCUCGAGGAAGAAAUUUAAUCUCCAGAUUUCACCAAACUGUCACAGGUGUACGUGCGUGCGCUUUCCUCAAUUUUAAAAAAUUGUGAUUUGCUCUGUGUUUGUGUCCUUCCUGUAAACCUGAACUACUGUAACACUUAAUCUAAACUCAGUUUAUCAAAGGGGGCAAUAUGUUUUCCUACAGCUUUGAUGUUGCAAACAAAUGAGCAAAAAACAUUCUGACACAAAAUACGCCUGAGGUUUCUUUCUAGCAGCUGUGACUUCGCACAUCGGUACUGCUACCAUUUGCCUGCUUAUUUAUUUGAAAUCAUUAACGUUAUCUGUUAAAAUUAAGGUAUCGCUCAGAGCUUGUAUUCGUUGUUUUAAUUCAUAUUAAGACUUACAUUUGAAUUAAAAUGACUGACAAUAUGAUUGUUUAAUGAUUGAUGAUUGUUUA